UAUGGUUACCUGAUACAACCAAUCGAGACGCGGAUGGAAAAUGUCAAGGAUUAUAUCAAGUCUAUCAAGCCGGAUCUUGAGGUUCAUGUCGAACCAAUCAUCGACCCUUAUGGCCCCUCCAUUGUCGACGAGGCUCUGGAGGCAAUCGUUGUCAGCAAGGAGACAUUGCGAGGAGGGCAUGCUGUCAACAGGAAGAGGGCCGAGAGAGGCCUCACACAGCUGGAGAUUGAGGUGGUGGAACUAGUGCCAGAGAAAUCUACAGGGAACAAGAUCAGCUCUACAGCAUUCAGAAAGAUCGAGGCCGAAAAGGCACUGCAGCAGCAAAAGCUGGACCAGCAGGAGGAGCAACAAACAGUUCAGCUGGAGUGCAGGACAUAGCCAACCAUCUUAUCAUGUGUUCAGCUGGCAGAUUAAUCCAGUGCAAAUCGUGUACUUACAAGUUCUACUUUACAUGCAAAAAUUUGUACAAAAGAGUAAUAUAUAUACAAAAGGAUAGCAGCAGAGCACUUCUUUGGCUCUUGUAAAAAUGGGUACCAAGCUUAAGGAUUACACAAUUUUCUCAAAUCAGUAGAGAUAAUGAUUAAAAGGUUUA